AUUUCUUUUAUAAAAAUGGAUUUUUAGCAUCAUACAAAUAGUACUAGGUAAUUAUGAUUAUAUAUGGAGGAAGUAUGAGUGGAUCAUCAUCACCUAGUUCAAAAAGAGGAGUUUAAGAAUUUUAUUAUGAUAUUUUUUAAGAUAAGAAAUAGAAAAGGAAUAAACAUAAUUGUUAUAGAAGUGGUUCUAUAGUUUUAGGAUCUGUUAAAGAAGUAUCAGAAGACAUAGAGGAUUAUUUAGUAAUUUAGUAUAAUAUAAUAGACAUCAAGAAUACCUCAUAUAUAAAUAUAAAAUGAUAAGUUUGAAUUUAGACAGAAUAUUAGUUAAAGAGAUAGAUCAUCACCUUUAUUAAUUAGAAAAUAAGAAUAUAAGAAGAGAAGAGCAUCUUUGAGUCCUCAUGGAAGUAAUGCAUUACAGAAAGUUGAAGAAGUAAAUGGAGAUGAUGAUGAACUAAAGAAUAAAUGUAUCUUUAAAUUAGGAUUGAUAUUCGAUAAGAAUGAAUUUAAUCAUAAAUAGAAAAGAUCAUCUAUUGUUAAAGAAAGAACUAAUCAUGAAGUAAUCCAAAAUUUAAAGACAUCUAGCCGAAUUAAUCGAUUAUUGAAGAUGCAUGUGAAAAUAUAAAAGAUUAACAUACAUUUACUAAUCCAACUUUGAAAUUGAAAGUUGAUGAAGUUGAUUUUGGAUAAGAUAAAAAGUAAUGGGCUCCAGAAGAAAUUAUAGAGAUUAUUGAAGAAGAAAAACCAGAUAUCAUUAUUAAUCUUAAAGAAAAAGAAAUGUUUUAAAAAGGUACUUUAUUUAGUCUAUGAGAUAGUUAAAAAAAUAUUACAUGAAGAAAGAGACUUUUUAAAGAAAAUAUUAAAAGGAGAUAUGAUUGAGUAAGAGGAUAUCAAAAAAAAAUUAGAUUUUUAGUUGUAGAUUGGAGAAGCAUAUUGGAACAAAUUAAUAUAAGAAGCAGAAGAAUAAGUUAAUAGUGAUGAAGAUUAAUUAUGA